GUUCGAAGAUUGUCUUUCCAUAAACCAAGAAAGGAGAAAUAUAUACAAUACAAUACAAUUGAAGGCGUUACUGAUAGGAAUGAAUUGUCAUAUUUUAAUAACCCGUAAGAUUAGGUUAUAACUGACUUUAAUCGGACCGGAAGGGCUUGACUUAACACAGUUACAGAGUUGUCUGGCGAAGCUAAGAGGACCUUCCUUAUUCAGGGGGAGAGUGGAGCCUCGAGACGAGAAGCACGGGUAAAGUGAUUGCAGAAAUGCUUCGAAGACGUGCUCGAGCCAUCUUGAAUCUCCAUGACUUGAUUAUAGGAAUUUACGAUACCAACUUUAUUGGCUUAAAUAAGUUAAACCAUUUCGGUGCUUUGUUCUCCACUGGGUCGAGUUACACAGAGCUGCCAAGGAAGCUUAAGCAGUCUGAGCGGAAGCCAUGGGUGACGAGUGUUAACGAACUUAAGCGUAGAGCUAGAUUAGAAAAACAAGAGAGAAAUGUCGUCAGAGAGGUCACGUUAAGUCCUCCCGAAAAUGGAUUAUUGGUUAAAAAAUUAGUCCCAGUUGCGCAUGAGGUUUUAGCUGCUAGAACCGAAUUGUUGGCUUGUGUGUCAGAAGUUGUCAACAGCACUCCAAUUUAUUCAUGCAGCUUGUGUGGGGAAGUUCAUGUGGGUUAUCCACCACAUAAGAUCAGGACAUGUAAUGUCAGUGGAAGCAAAACAAACAAAGAGCAUACUUGGGAAAAGGGUGGCAUUGAUCAAGUUUUGCCCGUUGUGGAAUCCUUUCAUCUGUAUGACAGGUUGGGGAGAGCUGUUUCACAUAACGAACGGCUUCAAGUUGAUCGGAUUCCAGCGAUUGUAGAGUUGUGUAUUCAAGCAGGGGUGGACAUCCUCGAGCACCCAACGAGAAGAAGAGAGUUCCCUUUAUACCGUGUUGCCGGGAGGAUGAUAGAUUUUGAGAAAAGAUUUCCCAAGGAUGAUUCAUCUGCCAAGUACAUCAACACGUAUGGAUUUUGGGAGAGUAGAAAAAAGCCCUGUGAAGAUAAGAAGUCGUUGAAUUUGCAAUAUGAUAAUAUACAAGGUUUUGCUGUGCGAGGUAUGGAAGCAUGGGAGAAGAUGCGGUCAGGAGCCACAAAAGUCAUGGAGAGUUAUGCUGUCCAAACAUGUGCGUAUUGUUCUGAGGUGCAAGUGGGGCCUAAGGGCCAAAGAGUGAGGCAAUGCCAAGCAUUCAAGCACCAGAUGAGGGAUGGACAACAUGCUUGGCAGGAGGCCACAAUUGAUGAUUUGGUUCCUCCAGUGCAUGUGUGGCAUGUACAAGAUCGGCUGGGUGAUGGCCUACUUGUUGAUAGAUUGAAACGAUACUAUGGAAAAUUGCCUGCUGUGGUGGAAUUGUUUGCAAAAGCUGGAGCACAGGUUGGAGAAAAUUAUGAUCAUGUGAGAAGGGCAGAUGUAGUAGUUCCUGGAUUAGAUGAAGAAGGGUUGGUUGUAUGAAACGGUUAAGAACUUAAUUGCAUAUUUAUGAAGCAUUAAAUAGGAGGCGACUAUGGAUCGGCAAUGGAAGUUGAGCAUUUUGAUUCUUUUAGCCCAUAUCACUGAGAAACGUGAAUGUGCAUAAUAUAUAAGUACAUAUAUUAGCAUGAUUCGUUGU